AAUAUUGUGGAGUUUAAAUCGGACGGGAUCCCUUUGGUUCCAUGACAUACUGGCAUACUCAUGGCCCCCAAAAAGAAACCAGGGCCACAGUCCUCUAAAAAGAAGUCAUCACCUAAGAAGCCUGGCGGUAUCUCUCCGCGGCAUUCUCCAAGAUCCCCGCAGAUUAGAAGAAAGUUGCCCAAAAGGUCCCACCCUUUUCCAUCUCCUAAGCCAACAGUGCCAACCAAAAAGAAGAGUCCAGAUGUGGAGAAAACACCAAAAAGGAAUGUUAAAAGACAGUCGAGUGGUGGCUCAAGCCAGGAUUCUAGUUCAACACCAACCACCCCAAGGUCAGCUGGAAGAUAUGAGCUGAGAAAUGUAACACCCGCCAAUUAUUCAGCUGUAAGAAGGCGUACCUCAAUGUUUACGCCAGGGAGGGCAACCUUAAAAACUCCUUCCAGAACACCUUUUAGAACCCCCAAAAUAAAAUCAUUUGGCGUAAAACCUCCACCUGAUAUUUCCCAAGCUUCUAGAUUACAUAAAGAAGAUGCUACAUUAUGGAAGGAUCAAUUAAAAUUGCUCAUCAACAGGCAGCUCAGUAUAUGCAAUCUGAGUAGUGUACAUAAUUUUAGAUAUAAUUUCAAGAAUCUGCGGAAACAGUAUGAGGGUACUCUUAAAAGGAUGAUCGAGGAUGUGUUUGCCUCUUCAAUGCUUACUGUAACCCUUAGUACCACUUCUUUCUUUUCACUUGUACCUAAUGUUGUUGAUGCCAUAUAUAUUCAAGUUAAUUCACUGGUACCUGGAAACACAGUUGAGGAGGAUAAAAUGAUGAUUGUGUAUAGUUGCUGGCUUUUCAAGACGUCGCACACACAGAGUAAAAAUAUUCCUGGUGUUGAGUGGUUUCCUGUUAUGCUUUAUACUGGUAGAAAUGUAAUACAUAAUGUUGUAGUUGACUGGUUGCAAGGCUCUUUUGACUGCUAUGUCACCAGGAGACAACUUAGACAAACUGAUAUGAUGUGGAUAGCAGGGGUAUGGAGUGGAAGAAAGUGUUUCACGUCUGCUCACCAAAGAGGGGAAGGGAAUUCAAUAGAUUUUACCUAUCAUGUAAGGCACCCUGAUGGUACAAGUAACUACCCAGUACCUAAUUCAAGAAGCAGAUUGAAGCUGGUUAUGAAACUGAACAUGGAGGAUAUUCAUCAUAUAUGGGAUACUAUUGUUGAUAGCAGUCGUGGUGAAAUGAGUGUUGAAGAGUUACAGUUAUUCUUUAAUACAAUAAGCGACUGUGCACAACAGUUGACAUUCCUUCCAGCUGAGCUUCUUCAGCUGCAGCAACUUAGUACUCCUUGUUUAAGUAUCACUUCUGCUGGCAAGGUUAAAUUGACUUGUGUGAGAAGUGCAUCCAUUGUGGUAAAUCACCUGAUAGACAUAUUUAUCCAGACCAUGAACUGCUCUGCUCUUGAGGAUCACUUAAUAAAGGCAGAUGAAGAUGAUGAAAAUGAGACCAGUGUGUUUCUGACAGAUGAUGAAGACAAGGAGGAAGCUAGUUUGAAAGAUGUGUAAAUAGAAAGCUUAGUUUAAGUUUCUUAACUGUCAUUAUUUGUUUUAUUUCUAUGUGUACAUAACAUAAUCUCUUCCAUCCACUGUUGAAGACAUAUUAAAUAGCCUUUUAGAUAAUGUUUAAAUAGGAGUGCCUAUUAGGGUUGCUAUUUUAUGAAGAAUUUGCCAUACUUUGAUUUUCACAGAUAAUCACAUGUGAAAGUGAUAAACUUGUUUUGCAACUGAUUCAUUUGUUGUAAAAUGAUUGAAAAUUAUUAAGGACUCUCUUAACAUUUGCAGUUCAUGUGAAGCAUGUUUGUUAUCCACUUGUCUGUAUGAUUGAAAGAGGUAUCUGUUUGUUCAAGUUGUAUUCUUAAUGUCUAGGAUUAACUUAGGUAGUUUUUGUGACCAAUAGGCUUGUGUAGCUUGUUGAUAUGUGCAACAGAAUCUCCUGACAAUCUGAAAUGGAUGUGAAUAAUGAACUUAAAUGAACUCAUUUGGUAAGUACUGUUACAAAAGCAUAUUGCAUUAGAAGUCAUCUUACUUUUUCUUGGAUCUUAACUUGAUGCCUCUGUAAUCCAGAUGGGUAUGUUUUUAGCAAUGUCACGAAAAUUUUGAUUUAAAGCUUUUCCCAUAUAUGUUGAUCAUGUUGUAAUAGUUGGUAAUUGAUAUGGGUAAAAAGCUAUUGUCCUUUUUUUUUUCUUAUUCUUCUUUUUUCCCAUAAUAAGCUCAUGCAUUCAAGUUUGCAUUUUAUUUUUCUAGUGAUGAAGUAGAGUGUACAGAUUGAAUUUAAUCUGUAUAGAUCUCAACCAGCUACUAAAGAUAUGCUGUUCAGAGUCAGUUGGAUUUCAUGGGAAGGUUCAUGUAGCCUCAGUUGCUUUGCUUACUUGCAGCACAUUAUUUGAUCAUUACCUUAAGAUUUUUUUUGUUGUCUUGUGUACACUUUACUUAAGGAUAAAAUUACAUGGAAAAAGAUUGUUGAUUAACAUGGUCCAAUCUACUUUUUUGCACAUGAUAAUUUACCUGCUAAGUUUAAAGUUACCCAUUUUUAAUAGCAUAUGCCAACUAAAGUAGAAAAGUUAUAAAGGAGCUUAAGAUUAAUUGAUUUUGAUGUUGUAUCUUCACCAAUAUUAUGUGUAAUUUUGAUGAAGAUAUGGCAUGAAAAUGUAUUACUUACAUCUCUUGUUUUUACUUUAUUCUCUCUCUCUCUCUCUCUCUCUCUCUCUCUCUCUCUCUCUCUCUC